GGCGGGCUCGGGGCUGCCGCUGUGCCCUCGUACCGCUGCCGGAGCUCCAUCCCCGCUGCCAGAAGAGCUCCAUCCCCGCUGCCCGAGCUCCCUCCGUCUGUCUGUCUGCCCUGCCGGAGCCUGUCCGCAGCGCCCCGGGCGAGGCGAGGCUGGAGGAGACGCGGACGGAGGCGCUGUGAGAAAGAGCAGCGAGCGGAGGAGGGCCGGGAUGAAAUUCAUCGCUGCUUGUUACGUGCUGCCUCUGUUCCCUGCUCUGGUCCUUGGCACUAGACAGGGCUAUGAAGAACUGGAAAGACAGCUGAAAGAAGUCUUUAAGGAGAGGAGCAACAUACUUCAUCAACUGUUAAAGACUUCUAAAGAACUUCAGGGAAUUAAAGUAAACCUCCAGUCUUUAAAAAAUGAUGAAGCAUCAACCAAAAGUGAUGUACAGAAACUUCUGGAACUGGGCCAAAACCAAAGGGAAAUGAAAUCUCUCCAGGAAGCUUUUCAAAAGCAGCUUAAUGAGGCAGCUGAGAAAGCAGAGAAGCAGCAGGCUACUAUUAACUUUUUGAAGACUGAAAUGGAAAGGAAGAGCAAAAUGAUACGAGACCUCCAAAACGAGAACAAAAGCCUCAAAAACAAGCUCUUGUCAGGAAACAAGCUUUGUGGGAUGCACGCAGAAGAGUCAAAAAAGAUUCAAGCCCAGCUGAAAGAGCUUCGUUAUGGGAAAAAGGAUUUGAUUUUUAAGGCACAACAGCUAACAGAUCUGGAGCAAAAGCUAUCAGUUGCAAAAGACAAAUUGGAAAACGCAGCCCUUGACAAAGAGUCCCAGCUGAAAGCCCUGAAGGAGACUGUGCAGCUCUGCCUGUCCUCUGUUCUGCGCCACCAGCCUCCCACCGUGAACCUGAUCCCUCCCAAGCCAGCUGGGAAGCUGACUGCUUCCUCCAGCACAAAGGGCUCCAAAGUCCCCUCUCAGGUGACAGGCACCAAGGUCUGGCAAAAUGUCUCAGCCGAGAAAGAGAAUUUUCAUGUGGCCUCAAAAAAGGAAGAAAAUCAAAGCACCCAGGAGUGCGAUUCUCAAGAUGUUGCCAAGACAUGUUUGGGGAAUCGUGAUGAUUCAACAUCUCGUUUGAAGGCAGCAGAAACAGGGACAAGCUUCCAGAAGUUUCACAGCCCUCCAUGGACUACACCUGAAGAUAAAAAAUCACCCGAGAAAAAGGAGAAAAAAUACGAAGAAUCAGUUAGUAAACCAGAAAAAAAACUCUAAAUGCUACUAAUCUACAUUGAAAACUGCCAAUCACUUCCAUCCUCAUGUUCUGUUAGCACAAAGGCAUGAAAUGUCCCAGGUUUCUAAAGCAUGGAUUUUUUACUAUUUUAUGAAUGUCUGUAAAUUAGUCUAGAACAGACCAAUUAGUACCUUACAGCAAUAAUCCAAAAUGGAUGUUUGAAGAAAUGCUUUGUAAUGCAGUCCAGUUUUUGAAUUCUUGUUCUACCUUAUCAGUAAUUGUAUACUAUAAAUUACCUUCUUUGUAAACAACUGUCAUCUCAAGUAUAUUUCUCAGAUUGUUUUAUUUCAUGUAAUUUUGUGGCAGAUUAGGUUCUAAUAUUAAGGGGCAGUCAGUGUGUGUGGGGGGGAAGAUAGCUGUGUAACCAUAAUUGAAGUACAAUCCUCAAGUGCAACUGUAAAAAGAGAACUGUGUGCGUGGGGCUCCAUAUAUACUUACCUUUUAGUAUUUCCAUCUCAAAUCUACUUACUUACAGAAUAAAAUAUGUUUAUUUUGUUCUUUUUUUCCUCA